CCCAUUACAGAAAUAGCUAUAUUUCAAUUUAAAUUGAAUGGGCAGGAAUUAGAGAGCUUUAAUAGAGGCGAUGAAUUUAAAUAGGUAGAUUCAGGUGUAUAUUUUAUCUUUUCCCCAAUCUGACUCCAACGACUGUCAUUCACGUCAGGAUUCAUGUUGUACUUUUGACUAAAAAAGGAGCGCUUUCUCAUUCACUGGUGGAUGUAAACAGUGCAGAAUUAUGCAUGCACGGCGGUAAAUUCAGCGUGAUCAAGGAUUUAACCCGAGAAAAAAGGUGGCUGGCAUGUUCAUCAAAUAUGAUUACAGUCGUCUGCUCCGAUCAAUAAUUGUGUAGUCUGCGCUCAGAAGCAGUUAUUGGUCCUCAAACGUCGGGGUCUUAAUGUCAAUUGUUGUUUGUAUUCAAAAGAUACUUCUGUGGUCUGUUUUGAGAGAAAGAAUGGCCGUUUCCUGUCUACACAGAAACUAAAGAUAGACUAGCAAAGAAAACUCUUAUAAAAAAAGAUUAGCACAGGUUUGAAUACAUUCACAGAGAACAGACACAAUGAGGAUUUGAACCACUAUUUCAGGCAGGUGCUUGUUCCGUGAUGGAGCUGUAUAACUCGGACAGCUUCAGAAACCGGGACCUUCUGGAAGUGGUCAUUCAAAAGAAGGAGGACAGUAAGACCAUUAAAACCAAUGACCAUGAGGAAAAACAGAAGGAACAAAUUGUGCACAUGCGUAGAACACCGGAAAUGGUCAGCAGACCAUCAAGUCGAAUGUCAUCGAAACAAACGACCAUUCAAACUGAACAAACCCCAAAGGAGAAUCCCGCUAUAGCUAAACUCAGUAAAGAGGCCAUAGCCAAAAACAACGUCACCCAGACCAUUCACAGCCUGGCCAUUCUGUGUCUAGCGGCUUCUGUAAUUCUUGUGUUGGAUAUAUAUGUGUUUCUUAUGGGAACUGGAGAUGUUCCUGAGGGAGGAUUUCGGAACGGCAGUUUGCUGUCGUCAGUGAAGCAGUAUGAGGACGUGACGGAGGUGUUCACCGCUUUCUCCACGCUGGUGAUGAUUCUCUCGUCAAACUGUGUCCUAGUGUGCUCUAUGCAAUGUUUUAUAGCUUCAAAAGUCAGUAAAACCAUCGAUGGCCCUGAGAGGGCAAUGAAGUACUUUCGAGAAUGCUCCAGCAGCAGAUUAAUAGCUGUGGUUGGAUUUUUCAUAUCCUUUCCAGUUUUCCUUAUCACUCUAAUGCUGUGUGUAGUGUUACGUUUAAAAAGGACACCUGCUCUGACUGCUGUCGUGGUGCUAAUCAUUGGGACAGUCCUAGGAUUACUGUGCAUGGUGCAAAACAUUUAUCACUGGUAUGACGAAAUGUCGUCUGCUUCACGAGGACUUCCGGCGUACAAAGAUAGUAACAAAGACGAUGACGUCAGCAGGGAUCUCAACACGUUAGUGUAGCGUCACAGACGACCUCCCCUGCCGGCCGGGCGAGGGUCCUACUCACGUGCAUGUCAAGACGUGUGCAGUACAUGCCAGUGUGUCAUUUUUAUGCCGGUGCAAACAAAAUUUUCAUUAUGCAUAUUUUGUGUUAAAGGAUGUGUUUAAAUGUGUGUGAUAGACGAUGUGAUUGCCAAUCUUAGGACCACUGUAAACAAUGUUUUAGCAAUGUCGAUACGUACAGUUUUAUGAUCUUAUAAUUUAAAGCAUUUGCAACGAGAAUCCUUAAAUAAACAUGCAAAUAUUUUC